AUGGGAAACUCAUCCUCAUCCACACCCUCACAAUCCUCAGCAAACCAAAACCCAAACCGAUCCUCAACAAAUUCAUCUUCAUCAUGGAAACCAACACCCAACGAUAUCUUUAUAGUGAAUGAAUUAUUAAAGAGAAAAGGAAACUUACCGAACGAAUUGAAUUAUGAGAUUUUAAGAUUAUCUGAAUAUUGGACAGAAGAUGAGGUUAAUUUGAAUCAUACUGUCUUGGUACAUGAAGAUCAAAAGGUUUUGUUUGAUUUGGAUUUGUUGAAUGAUUUGGAGUAUAUGAAAUAUGUUUUUAAUGGAUUUCAACGUUUGGUUCAACUUGAACAUGAAGAUACAUCAGAUUUGGUGGAGGAGAGGAAUGGUUUGAGGGAUGUUGGUUUGGAUGGGAGUAGCAAUCGGGCUUGCAAGACAUUAACAGCUAAAGUGAUGAAAAUCGAAUGGAAGGGUUGGUCAUCUUAUCCAGAAGAUCAUGGAACAUACCGAAACUCAUGGACAUGGACUGAAGCCACUCUCUAUGAUCGAUGCUCCCAAACACCUUCAUUACCAUCCGAUCAUUCCUCUUGGUAUCGAGUCUCGACAAAUGUUCAUGCAAGAAGACAACCUACUUUACAUCAAUCUGUUUGGUUCUCUGAUCAUCCGUUUCUUUUAGACCUUAAUCAAAGGUUAUUUCAACUUGCUCAAUCAGAUGAGUCUUGGCAUUCUAUUGGGUUUGGGUUGGCUGCUGUGGCUAAGUUUAAUGGGUGGGAAAAUACAAUCGAAUCGAUGUCAAUUCGAAUUGAAUUUAACCUGAUCAUUCCUGAUCAUCCGGCGUGCAUGGGGUCAAGAUUGAAUCACAAAGACAAAUUGUAA